AAGCGCAUCAGACUCCUUGAUAUCGAAUCCCAAUCAUCCAGAUCUCAACCAUCCAAAUCUCAGUCAUCUAAAUCUCAAUCCUCCUAUCAAUAUUACCUCACAUAAGCUUCCAUCAAAAUUUCCAGAAAUGUACUCCAAUCCCUCAUCUCAGACAUCGGCUCCCUAUGCGCCUAUAAACCCAAACCGUCCCUUACAUCGACGAACUUCCCUCCCCCUCCCUCUCCCCACCGUCUACAUCGUCUCCGUCCUGGGACCCAUCAUCACGUCAUUUUUCUCCAAAACGUUCACCAAACAGUGCUCCAAAUGCAAAUCGAGCUACCAUAGUGCCGGCACAACCUGCGAUACACCCGCCACCUGCGAUAUGUCUGAGGUGGGGACACUCCGCGUAGAGGGCGACGGGAUCUCUAGGCAUCGGAGGUCGUACAGCCGUACGGCUCCUGGGGCUCAAUGAAAAGUGGAGGCCGUGGAUAUUGGGUCGGAAUGGACCAUGAGAUGAGAGAGCUAGGCUAGC